AUGAAGUCUCUUCUCUGCUGCAUGCUCUUGACGGUUGUCCUUGCCGUGGCCCACGCUGGUUACGGACAUGGUGGUUACGGUGGUCACGGAGGCUACAGUCAUGCCGUGACCCACCACUACGACAACCAGAGGGCGCAUUAUGGUCAUGGAGGAUACGGCGGUUACGGUGGACACGGUGGAUACGGAGGAUAUGGCGGCUACGGUGGUUACGGUGGUGGCUACGGUGGUGGUUACGGUGGUUAUGGUGGGCAUGGAGGAUACGGCGGCUACGGCGGCUAUGGCGGCUACGGCGGCUACGGCGGCUACGGUGGCCGCGGCGGCCAUGGCGGCCACGGCGGCUUCUUCGGAUGA